AUGUCUCUCACGUACCGCAAUUCGCCAAUAUUGCGUAUCACUGCCCGCCCCAAGGCUCACAAUCUCCCGUCAUCAUGGCGGCAGCGCGAACGUACGUUGAGAGCGUUGGCACGGUCCGGUUACUCCGAGAUCACGUGUCGCAUUGCCGUAGAUUCCCGCUUGUCCGUAGCUAUAACCGAGACUAUUACUAUCCAUCGCCGAUUCCCUCUCUUGGACCUAGCGAUACGGUUCCAACAUUCCAAUAUUGAUCGGGGGUGGCCAAACAGGGUGGAGACGAGCACGAGGAAGAAAGUAUUAGAUGUAUGGAUCGCUAAAAUAUUGCUUUUGAACUGAAGAUAACUUGGAGAGUGCAGCGUCCGAGUCGUGGAACGUAUUGAGGAGUCUGGAAACAUAGGUCGUCCAAAUUUUGUCAUUACCGCCCUUGAGCGAGUACUGCUUAUGAG